AUGAGAAUCAUUACCCAAAUUUAUGAGAUGUUAGGCACCGCUGUUUUCAUUUGGUGCUCAAAUAUGUGGGGGAAGUUGAAGUCCAUACUCAGAAAAUUGAGCUACUCAGAACUGUCACCUGAAUUUGCAAGACAUUGUGCAUUGUCGCUCACAUAUAACAUUCAAUUACCUGGGAGACAGAAGUCUAUACACAGAAAACUGAAGUACUCUAUGAGUUCCUCUUCAAUUUUUAUGUUUGUAGCCUUGAACUGA